GCGGGUGCAGCUGGUCACCAGGUACCAUGCCCUACACAAGUGCGCUGCGCACUCCUCCAUGCUGACGUUUCUACGCGAGGUCUGAGAGUCACCGCUCUGCUGUCCGAAGCUCGUUCCACUCUGAAACUCCUUUCCCUAGACUCCCCAAUACCCAGCAUCGACACCACAAGAGCCUCAGAAACCACUCCGCGAACCUGCAUCGCCCCAGCUGGUCGGCUGCUAUGGCCACCGCGCCCGCGCCGCAAGCCUCUCAGCAGCCGAUCAUCUCGGCUGCUGACGUGGCGAAGGAGUUUAAAGAGCAAGUGCAGCUACUCCAGGACCAGGAUGCAGGCAGAGUGGCGGCGGCAGCAGCGGCCGUGAUGGUGCUGGCCACGAGAGACCAAGCGCUGCUGUUGCUGCCCUCUGCUGUGCCUCCUCUCAUCAGCCUCCUCAUGUCCUCAUCAGAUAUGCAUGUGCGGCGCAACUCCCUGGCGGCCCUGACCUCCCUCAUGUCCCGCUCCCAGCACCUGCACUCCACGGUCGCCAAGGCGCAAGGCAUUGGUCCGCUGGUGGUGGGAGCUCUCAAGGAGGAGGUGGGGGUGCGCAUCAAUGCCGCUGCCUUCCUCUCCAACCUCGCACAGGAUGCUGAGGGAGUGGCUGUCAUCACAUCAAGUGCAGGGCAGGAGGCUCUUGCAGCCGCCCUUCAGGCCACUGACAAUAACGAUCAGAGCCUGGAAGCGGUGGCGGAUGCCAUCUGUGCCAUUGCGUCCUCGUCCAAGGAGGCAGCAGCUCUCCUCGUUGCCAAGGGUGCACUGGAGCCCGUGGCCUCUCUGCUGCCCUCCCCCCACUCAUCUGAAGUGCAUGUGCGAGCGCUCAUUGCCAUCGGCGUGCUGCUGCCAGCCAGUCCUGACGCUCCCUCUCGCCUGGCUUCCGUUGAAGGCGCACUCCCCUCUCUGCCUGCUCUUGCCAGAUCUAGUGACCCGGACGUGCGUGUCAUUGCUGCCGACCUCUUUACGACAAUCGCCAAGCACACAGAACUACGGCCUCUGCUCGAGCAACAACUACGAGCCAAGUAGAACAUACCGUAGUUUGACAGCAGAUUUGCUCCACUAGCUGGGAUGGUCUGCUCUGCUUGCUAGGAUAGCCGUGUGCAUCUCCUACACCUCAUCGAAUAAAAGACACUUUCAUUUAUUCAGGGCGUUGCGGCAGCUUAGCUUAUUCCUUGUCAUUCCAGCAGAUGGAUUGGAUCUUGAGAAAGCA